UCUCUCUCUCUCUCUCUCUGAAGAGAGGGAAUGGAUAGGGUGUUCUCAGUGGAAGAGCUUUCCGGUCAGUUUUGGCCAGCGCCGCCACGGUCGCUAUCUCACUCCUCCAUGCGAACCGAUGAAGAACGCAAUAUGAUGGAUCGUAGCUCGUCGGAAUGGGCUUUCCAGAGAUUUCUUCAAGAAGCGUCAGCAUCGGAGAAUUCGCCGUCUCCGGCAUCGUCAUCCGCUGCCGUUGAUACCCCUUCUCCGCCUGCUGUACUUUCAUCCUCCUUUGUUUCUCCCUCUUCGUCUUCUUCGAAGAGAGCCGGCGAUGGCGGACGUGAACGUGAUGACGACGUUGUCGAGAUCAGGGACCCUCCUCCACCUCCGGUUUCUAAUCCUCCACCCCCCAACGUUCCCAUUGAUUCUGAGGAGUACCAGAAUUUCCUCAAGAACCGUCUCAAGCUCGCCUGUGCUGCCGUUGCCUGGACUCGGGCAUCUUCUGUAAAACCUCAAGAUUCUACUCAGUUGGCUGAUUGUAGAUCACAAACUUCAAAUACUUCACAGUUGGGAUCUCAAGCUUCUGCCAAAGGACCAGGAUAUGUUUUGUCUAUGGGACAAGAUAAAGUUGUCAGGGGUCCAGUUGGGAUUCCAGCAUUGCCUGCUAUGCCAAAAAAAUCAGGAGUUCAGGCUAAACCAACAACUAGUGGGUCAUCGAGAGAGCAGUCAGAUGAUGAUGAGCUUGAAGGUGAAACAGAAAUUACAGAGAAUAUGGAUCCUGCUGAUGCAAAACGUGUAAGGAGGAUGCUGUCAAACAGAGAGUCAGCUAGACGUUCGAGAAGGAGAAAACAGGCACAUUUGAGUGAGCUUGAAACACAGGUUUCACAAUUAAGAGUUGAGAACUCUUCAUUAUUGAAGCGUCUUGCUGAUAUAAAUCAUAAGUACACUCAAGCAGCAGUAAACAACAGAAUUCUUAAAGCAGAUGUUGAAACAAUGAGGGCAAAGGUAAAGGCAGCAGAAGAAACCGUUAAGAGAGUGACAGGGUUGAAUCCACUGUUCCCGGCCAUGUCUGAAAUACCGCAGAUGGGCAUGCCAUAUACGGGCAGCCCGUCUGAUGUGUCUGCAGAUGCUGCUGCUGUUCCAGUGCAAGAUGACCCCAAGCAGCACUUCUAUCAACCUGUUCCUCCUCCCGGUGGUGCUAUUGCCACUAAUCCACUUGAUGGAAGAGUGCAAAGUGGCUUGCCUGAUAUUCCUCCAGCCCCAGUUGCUCCAAUUGCUCCAGUUGAUGAGAUGCAGAAUGUAAGUCGGGGUACAAAGAUUGGCCGUACAGCUUCCAUGCAGCAGGUAGCUAGCUUAGAACAUCUUCAGAAGCGUAUCCGUGGGGGUGGAACUUCUUGUGGACCUGUGCAAUGGGAUGCAGGGUGGGAACCGGGAACCCCUUAAGUGGUGGACGACAGUAACAAGCGUAACUGCUUGUUUGCGAAGGUUCAGAGGCAUAGGAUUUAUUGCAGGAUUUAAUUUAUGGCUCAUGUAUUGAACUCCUAUUCUUUUCUAUUGAUAUUGCAGAGGUUGAAACUGCAUUUCUCACCUUCCAUAGUAAUAUUCUCUUUUCCCUUUCUUGUUGAGUCGAUUUGGAGCCAAUGCUUCC